CUGAGAAAUUAUUCCGCAAGAAGAAUUACAAGAAAGGGUGGAAUGGCAACAAUGAUUGAAGAAAAUGGUCCAUCAAGUCAUAUAGGGAUGCAGGGCGAACUGUCAUUGUCUUCUUCCAGAGGGCGUCAGAAGCUGGAGAGUUUGCUGAACAAGAACAUGAGAAUCAGAAUGACAGAUGGACGGACCCUGGUGGGACUAUUCUUGUGCACAGAUAGAGACUGCAACGUCAUCUUGGGGUCUGCUCAGGAGUUCCUCAAAUCCUCAGACUCCUUCUCACAAGGUGAGCCCCGAGUGCUGGGGUUAGCCAUGAUUCCCGGUCACCACGUGGUCUCCAUCGAGGUCGAGUCAGACAGCCUGGUCGACACGCAGCGGUUCGGCUCAAGCCACUGAAGAACGAGUUGAACUCACCCAGAAACGGAGGAAACUAGCAUUCAGCCUGGUCUAUGGCUCAGCAGCCUAGAAAAGACUACAUAACAUGAAAAUGAAAUAGGAGAAUUCCAUAUGCAGCUCAUCACUGUCACCAGUGUUAUGGCUUCUCCAGAGCCAAGACAGCAUCCCCAGAGACAUUACUAUGUGUAUAAUGUUGCUGUACUAAGUAUAACAGAUGUUUGCAUAAGGACUAAGCCAGGCCAAGUAUUUGUGUUUUGUGGAACAUGGAUACAUGUUUUUCAAUACAUUUCAGAAUCGAAACAAGUCUCUGUAGAUCUCUAGUCUCUUGACAUUGGCCAAUAUGGGAGGUCAUCAGUGUCUCUAAGUGUUGUGCAGCUUGUUUCAUGACUCUGUGGUGCAUAAGUUAGCCUUCAUUACUUGGUAGUGUGUGUUGUUAUUGGUGGGGAGUGGCAUAUCCUGGGUGACACAUAGGUGUGUUAAACAAAUAAUCCAAAACACACAUGAACUACUAAUCAGACCUAGCUGCAACAUAUUAUUGGACCUUUGCACAACCAUAUUACACUCUGUACCAAAAUGAUAGCUGAACAACCUGAGUGGGAUUGCGAUUAGUGGCAUUAUUGAAAGAAAUUACCAGGGAGAUCCAUAUUUUAAUACCUUUUCCAUUGAUUCUGUUUGACAACAUAAAAACAAGCCAGAAAACAUCCCUAUAAACCACAGGGGUGUUAAACAAACAACCUGUGGUUAGGGGGUCCAAUCCAGCCAACAGGUGUAACCGCUAGUUAAUAAUCAGAAUAAAAGCCAGACAGUCAGGGAUCAUCAA